AUGAAGAAAAUGAAAAAGAGUAAGAGUGAAAAGAAACAAAAUGUUCACAUCAUAAUUGAAAAGUUUUUGAAAAGUUACAGACGGCACUGUACUCAGACUUCCAGCACUAUCAGCCCAAUGCUGAUGGAAAACCUGCAGAAAUGCAUUGAAAAUGAACGUAUGCUUACAAAGUUUAUACUUGCACGUCCUGAGGCAUCUGAAGUUGAUUUGCCAGCAGUCACUUUGCAGCCAUUGCUAAUGACAAUCCGAGAUGAACGGUACAUGUAUGGGAAAGAAUUGUGUGUCUGGCACAUUACUCUGAACAAUGAGGAUGUGGCCAAUUUAGCAUUGGUCCUUGAACUCCGUGGACGAACGUCAUAUCCAUUUUCCAAAAUUGAGCUGUUGGAUUGUGGGAUAGAUACAUGGUCAAUAGAACGACUCGGGAAAGCAGUCAACGUCAGCGCACUGACCAACAUCGUUCUGGAUUUCAAUGAACUUCGUGAUGAAGGUGUCAGAGGCCUCUGCCGUGGACUCCAGGGGAAUGGACACCUCUUGACACUGAGCAUGUGUUACUGUGUUCUGGGACCUCCCAGUGGGUCAUUACUUGGAGACCUUGUCGCCAAUACUGCCCUCAGAGAUCUCUUUUUGGAUGGCAACAACUUGCAAUGUGAAGGAGCUUGUGAACUUAUCAAGUUUGUUGCAGAUUAUGCAGAAAAGAUGGCCACGGCGAAAUUUGGUGCAUCGAUACAUUUCAAGGAGGAUCCAUCAAAACACUUCCUGGAAGCAACUGACCAAUCCGGUUUCUACUCAGUCAUGUCAAGCCAGGACUUUAGACACAAGGCUUCUACUGACCAGGCCGUUAUCAUGGACAGCAUCAAUACUGCAUCAAAGAAGAAAAAGAAAAGGAAACAUAAACAGGAAUUCCCAGAGAUUGCUCCCUGGUUAUCCAGAUUACAUCUGGCAGACAAUGGCAUUGAUGGAAGGGGAAGCAGCAGCACCAUGGGUCCAAUAAUGUUUACCGAAAUAUUGUCUCAGCUGAUUAAAUUUUCAGAUCAUUUGAUGGAACUGGAUCUGGAUAAUAAUUGCCUGGGUGAGCUGUGUGGAAAGGAGAUACUCAAAGCCUUAAGGGAGAGGAAAGAAGCAAAGCUGCAGAGUUUAAGUAUCAAAGUGACAGCCCAAAUGAAUGAUGAUACUUUUAGCAAUAUUCUGAAAAGCUCCAAAAAGGUGAAGAAAAGUAAAAGAAAGAAGAAUCACUGCAAUGUUAUGGUGCAGAAGGAGGCCAUCUGGCCUAUUGUGUCUGCACCAGAUCAUCACAUCAGCAUCAUUACCUCGUGCCAAUCUCCUGCUUUUCCUCAUAGAGAAAAAGUGCUAGAUAAAAUGAUGGGGCUAAAGAACAGAUUUGACGACCUCACUCCCUCGGUUAAUCGAUAA